GGGCUGCAAAAUCAAUACUUGGUAUAGCAUCUAUGUAUAGUAUCGAUAUAUCUUUAUCCGACGGUUUUAUUUCUAAAAUAAAAUAGAAUUUCUAAUAAAAUCUAAUCUAAAGGAAUAUGUAUAUUUCUAACACCCAAAACCCCUUAAAUCUGUUAUUGAAAAUCCGAAAAAGUGUUUUGGGAUUUCUGAUUGUUGCCCAUCUCUAAUAUCUCCCAACUCGCGGUAUUUGAUUUGUUUAUUUACUAAUUGUAUUAAACUAUGAAUAUUUUAACAAAAGUCCAGUACAGUUGCAGGGUGAGCUCGGUUUUAAACAAAGAUGUGAAGCAACACGGAAAGCAGUUCAUGUUCGAUACGCGGGAAGAAACAUCUUGGAAUUCAGAUGAGGGAACCCCCCAGUUCAUAACCAUUAGCUUGGAGGAGCCACAGAAAAUCUCAGCAUUUAGUUUCCAGUUCCAAGGAGGAUUCUCUGGCCAAAAGUCGGAAGUGAUCAUGUACUCCGCUGACGGGGUCCAAAUACAUCAAGAAUCGUUUUACCCAGAAGAUAUCAACUCUGCUCAGCUCUUCCAGAUCGUGGAUUCAGUCCGGGACAAACCUUGCUCAAAACUGAAGUUCGUCUUCCAGUCCAGUACUGAUCUAUUUGGUAGAAUCAUUGUUUACAAUCUCCAGCUGUUGGGCUAGGGUCCGACUCUUUGGAUCUGUCUAAAUGUGUACAAAAUCUGCUCUAAUCAAAGUGUAUAUAAUCGGAAUAUUAUCUAUUGUGGUAUUAUCAAAAA